CACGUUGGGAAACACUGGUUUGUGGCUAGUGUGACACGGGAUAGCGUAGGUUACGUUUGUGUUUUUGGAGAGUGUUGAAUUAAAUUAAAAACAAUGUCGACAAAAAAGUUUAGUAGUAUAAUAUGGAAAUAUUUUACGAUAGUAAAUGACGAAUGUGCUAAAUGUAAAAUUUGUGAAGGAAAGUAUUCCCGUAAGGGUAAAGGUACAACAUCGUUAAAAAAUCACCUCCAGAGGAAACAUCCACAAGAAUAUGCUUUAUUCUUAAAAGAAGACUCCGCUAAGAAGAGUGCCGACGAAAACGUUCAACAGGGAACAUCUUUACAAACGGUAAAAAGAGAAUUUAGACAAACAUUUUUUAACGAAUACAUAGAAAAACUCAAAAUGUGGGAUAAUACAAACCCCAAAUCAAUAAAAAUUGACUAUUUAAUUGCAGAAAUGAUAGCUUUAUCUGAUUUACCUUUUCAACACAUAGAAGGAUUGGGGUUCCGACGAUUGUUGAAUCAUGUUGUUCCAAAUUAUGUUCUAAAAGGCAGGAAAUAUUUUACGGAACUUGUUUGCAGCGAACUUUACGAUAAAGUGUCAUCGAAAAUAAAGAUCAUGUUGAAGGAUUUUGAGAAAGUUUCCUUUACAUCAGAUAUCUGGUCAGAUUCUUCGUCAGGAGUUUCAUUAUUAUCCUUAACAUGUCAUGGUAUUACAAAAGAUUUUAUAAGAAAAAAUAUCGUUUUGAAAGCGGAGAUUCUUGACGAACGCCACACGGGAGAUUACAUUUCGGCAAUAUUUCAAUGUAUGCUCGAAGAGUGGGGAAUCCCAAAACAGAAUGUGCACUGCAUAGUAAGAGAUGGGGGAUCCAACAUGAAGCGUGCCUGCACUUUAUCUGACAUAAAUAAUAUUGACUGUACAGCACAUCAGCUGCAUCUGGUGGUCAAAGAAGCUAUUAAAAAUGUUGAUGCAAUAUCCAUGUUACUUACAAAAUGCAGAAAAAUUGCAGGACAUUUCAACCAUUCUACAAUGGCAAAGCAAGAAUUAGAAAAAAUACAAGUUCGACUCAAUCAAAGAGUUUUAAAAGUUUUGCAAGACUCGCCGACACGCUGGAAUUCCAGCUAUUAUAUGUUGGAAAGACUUGAUUGCAUUAAGGAUUCGUUGUCGCUUUAUUCUACUAAUAAUAAAAUAGAACAGUUUGAUGCCGAAGAGUGGAUUUUAAUUCAAGAAUUAGUGAGAGUACUGAAGCCUCUGGAGGAUACCACAAAAAAAUUGAGCGCACAAAACAUAUGUAUAUCCGACGUUAUUCCUCUAGUACGAGCAUUAAAUAAAUUGUAUGACGAGAUUCAAAUUUCUGCUAAUAGUGGGGAAACUCUCAACAUCAGCACACCUGCCGUUCUUGAUUUUUUGUCUUCUUUGAAGAAUGAAUUAGAUUAUCGUUUUUCUGAAAUCGACAAAAAUAUAUUGUUCCAAAUAGCAACAUUUUUAGAUCCACGUUACAAAGGUAAAUUUUUCAGUGAUUUUCUUAUCAAAGAUAUAAAACAGAAACUACUUACAGCUUUAGAAACAGAAGUAAAUAUCACAACAACUACAACUAGCACAGAAAAAUCAAAUGCUGUAAGAAAAGAAUAUUGCAACAAUUUAGAAGACUCUAUGGCUAAUAUGUUAGAUAGUGACGAUGAAGAUGAGGAAUCUGAAAACCAAAUAUCAUACACUAAUGCUAAUUUGCUCACAGAAUAUGCCAAAGAAAAAAGAUUAUCAAGAGACCAAGAUCCAUUAAAGUAUUGGGAGAUUAAUAGUAAAAAAUUUGGAGGUCUUAGUCACAUGGCUCGCACAUAUUUAUCAUCACCUGCAACAAGCGUUCCAAGUGAGCAGUUUUUCAGUGCAGCAGGAAUUAUUUACGAUCCUCAUCGUAAUAGACUUUUGGGGGAUAAAGCUGCCAAGUUACUCUUUUUGAAGUACAAUUUACAAUUAAUUAAUUUUGAUUAUGACAUUUAAUUUUUUGAAGUUUCUAAAAAUGUGAUAAUUAAAAUUAUUUCAUAAUUAUUAUAAUAUAACCGUGAUGAUUAUUUCAAUUAGCAUUAGAGGUUUGAUCUCACUAUAAAGAUAGUUAAAUUAAUACCUUAUACUGGUAACUUGCUAUAAUUAAUGUUUAAAUAUUUUUACAAAAUGAAUGUGCCAAAUAUGUGAUUUUAAAAAAUAAAAAGUGAUUUAAAUUGAAGUUGUUAGUAUUUUAUUGCUACCUAUAUUUAAAAUUUCAUAUAAGUAAUGAAAUUCAUUAAGAUAAAAGAUCCAUUAAAGAUCUGCUAAAAAGUAACGGAUAAGGAUAUAGAUCUUUUUUGCCCUCAGAUAUCUGGCACAUCACUAUAUAUUAUAUAUGUGCCAUAUGUCUAGAUAAAAAUCCAGAAUUCUCAAGAAGGACAAAGCAU